AUGAGGAAGGAGAUGGACGAACUGAGGAACGCCAUUAAGGAGAAGACGAAUCGGAGUGUAGAUAGGAUGCCACUUGACGAGAUACUGUGUCGUUCCUUUCCCACCACUCUCAAAGGAGCUGCAAGGGAAUGGUUCAUAAAGUUGCCGACUUCGUCCGUAGACAACUUCGAGCAAUUGAGUAAUGCCUUCUUGCGCCAUUUCAUAGGGGGGCAACGUCCAAAGAGGCCGGCAGACUACUUACUCACCAUUAGACAGGGAGAGAAAGAAACUCUGAGGUCAUACGUCAAACGCUUCACUCGGGAGACUCUGGAGGUGGAUGAAGCAGAUGACAAGAUGCAGCUGACGACCUUCAAAGCGGGACUGAGGUCCAGAGAUCUCGUGGCCUCCCUCGCAAAGAAUCCACCAAAGACGAUGGCAGAAAUGCUCCUGAAAAUACAGAAGUACAUGAAUGCUGAAGAUGCUUUAGCAGCCAUAAAGGAUGCAGAGAGGCUAGGAGACAAGGCAAAGAAAGAAGACGACCGUAGGGGUCAAAAGAGAGAGCACCCAGGCCCUCGGAACAAUGACGGGAAUAGGAGGAAAGAUGAUAAAAGUCCUCAGACGGUAAGAUUUACUCCUUUGGUUAUGCCUGUUGACAAAAUUUUAACGCAGAUCAAGGAUGAGCAUUAUCUCAAAUGGCCCAGACCAUUGCACUCAUCCCCCAAUGUCCAUGACAAGAACAAGUACUGCCGGUUCCACAAAGAUCACGACCACAACAAGGAAGAUUGUAGAGACCUAAAGGAGUAG